CUGUCAAAGGGUUAAAUUCUACCCAUUCGUUUCUGUCAUCCCAUCUGAAUGUCUCAAAAAGCAUCUGCUAAGGAAAAAGGGCGCCCAAAGGCGAAAAAGAAUAGUGUGGAGAGGCCCAGGAAGGAUCCCUCCGCUAUUAGGUCUAUCCUAUGCCCACCCAUUGACAAGCCCAAAAAGAAGGCUAAGGAGGAAGCCAAGGAGAAGGACUGCCCCAGGGCGACUAACUACAAAACUGCUGACCAGCGGCGUCAGUAUUUAGAGCAGGAGGUGGUCCCCAUUCUAAUGGAGGGUAUGCUGGGUCUGGCCCGAGAGAUGCCACAGGAUCCCAUCACUUACCUGAAGAAGUUCUGGCUGCAGGACCAGCACAAGUGCGACAUAGACCUACCCAAGGACCUGCUCUAAUCGAAAUGGGAGAUGCUUCCACUACAAGCAUAUAAAAUUUCAAAUUAUUCGCUCAUUGAAUAAAAGUUUAUGGUUCGGUGUUUAGCUUA